AUGCCCCUCACCGCCGCCCCCGAGGGCUGUACAAUCCUGGACGUCACGGACCCGGCCGCGGUCAGGUACGCGUUUGUCUUCGUCCUGCCUCAGAAGUGGCCACCCGAGGGGCUGAUAAGGACAUCGUUCGGCAACACGCCUCUGAGUGCCUGGGAGUAUGCCGCAUUCUACGGCGACUUGUUUUACGAAGAAGACUACCGUAUAGCAGAGGACGAUGCGGUGAUAGCCAGGACGCAUUCCCGUUUCACGGACAUCCUCAAGGGCCAGGAGGCCAUUGACUCUACUGUGACCGCCUCGCCCCUUAUAGAUGAGGACGCUCUUGAGAGCGCAUGGCCACUUCCGGGAGACAAGCAGUCUUGGAGGCGGCGAGCCGACUUGGGUCUUCCGGGAAUUGUGCCUCGGCCGUCCCCGGCGGGCCAUCCUGCCCUAUCGCGGCGCCCGCCCUCUACCAACCAUGCUGAGACCUUGUACAAGGCGUUCGAGCAGUCUUACAGGCUGUUUGAGCCCGGUUACAACCAAGGCCUCGACACAGAGGUCCGCGCCCCGCUCUCAUCUGUCAAACAAGUUGCCAAUAUUCUCUACUUCGGGUCAUUAGAAGACUCAUCCUGGCAAGCCAGGGCCGCCGAGCACGAGCCCAAGGGCGAUGGGAGGUUUGGAGAAAAUGCAGUCCAGUACUUCACUUUCCAGGUGGACGAUAGCCCCGUCACACCAGGGCAGACGCUUGAUGUGCUGCAUAGCUGGAUGGUCGCAGCCACCGCCCAGGAGUUGGGAGGCAGGAUGAAAUAUCAGUACUAUUCUGACUGCACCCACGGACACAGUGAUCAGAGCAUGGUCAAAUUCUUCAGCAUGGCCGGCCCAAACCACCGAGCCGUCAAGCCCCUGCCCGGCCAAGCAUUCUACUGCGCCAAAAAGUCCUACCACUGCAACAUAGACUGGACCACGGUGGCUCUCGAGGAGAUCAAACCCGGCGAGUGGACGGCGUUCCUCGUCCAGCAGUGGCGUCAAGUGCCGCUCGACAUACUCAGGACGGAGACGACUCCCCUGGGCUUCAAGUGCGCCUUCGUCAGCCGCGGCGCAGACGGUGAGAUCACGGUGGCCGACGCGGAGACUUUCCGUUCUGCGAGCCGUUCAACCCCGGUGGAUGACGCACUCCGGGAGCUGGACCCUGGCGAGGAGACGUGUGGCCGGGAUCUGGUGGAUUUGCUCGGCCGGGACGGUGGUGCCAUCAACGGCGUCCCGGUGUCACUCAUGGGUAGGGACGAGGUUUUGGAGCUGCUCGGGGGGAUGGAGGUUGUCAAAGCUCGGGAAGAUGAGAGGCUUGCGAGAUCCUGGAGCGAAGUCCACUCGAAAAUGAUGCAGAGAAAGGCUAGGGAGAGGGAAUCAGCGAUCAUUCAGCGCUUCAUCAUCAAAAUGCCUUGA